AUGAAGCGUAAGUAUUACGGCUUUCCCCGAAGCACUAUAUACAAGCGGCUCUUGCGCCAGAGGCGGGCAUAUUAUGCUGCUAUGGAGGAGCAACCCAUCGCAUCAAAGUCUUCAGUUGCAAAUGAGUCACCGGAAAUGCAAAUGCCCCAACAAAUGCCGGAGGUUUCAACGGGUAGGAGUUGUAUGUGCCUUAUUUACUGGAAUAUAUAGAACUGCCUGUAGUGGCUGGGACCGUGGACACAGUGGAAGGCAGAUGCUUAACGACGGAUUUGCGCGAAUUCGGUUUGAGGGCGAAAUUGUCGUUGACCACAGCAAAUGAUUUGUUUCAGGUGCUGCGGCACUAUCAUUCGGAGCUACCCAACGACCCAAGGACGCUACUGCAGACGCCUCGAACUUGCGUUAG